AUGUCACAAAUAAUUUUUCUACGUAACACCCAAAAUGUUAGACGCAUUAUCAGUUUCAAUAAAAUAAUUAGAUGUUCGUACCAACAAAAAGUACGGGAAUCCAGCAAUGAUAACAACAGCCUGCAGGUAGGCAGCCAAGAUAAUAGGUCUUCGCAAGUGUCGACUGAUGUUCGACCACUGGGAGAAAAAAUUAAAGAAACCACAAAGACGGCAAGCUAUACUGCCGUUAUUUUGGCCGGGAUUGGUGUGACGGCCGUUAUGUUUUGGGCUAUAUUCCGAGAAUUGUUCUCAAGUUCUAGCCCAAAUAAUAUAUAUUCUGAUGCUUUGCAAAGAGUAAAGGAGGAUUACCGAGUGCAAGAUGCUAUCGGGGCACCUAUAAAAGGUUACGGAGAAGAAUCAAGGCGCGGAAGGCGGCAGCAUGUUAUGCACACAGCAUUUGAAAGGAAUGGAGUACCGCAUAUUCGGAUGAAAUUCUAUGUACAGGGUCUACGAAAUAAAGGAACUGUUCACUUGGAAAGUAGAGAGGUUAGUCUGGGUAAAAAUAACAAAGGCAAGAUGGAAUACCGGUAUUUGUUCGUGCAAUUGGAUCAUUAUCCGAAUACAACAAUUGUAUUGGAGGAUAACCGGGCAUUCGAUAUCGCGCGUUCCCCAGCUACUGUUACUGAGCCAAAGUCUAGCGAAAACAUACUGAGAGGAUCCAGCCUUUCAUUUGCCUCAUUCGAAGAUAAGAAGUAA